UCUAACGACCGCCGUCCAAAGCAGUAGCAUAGUGACGCUCAAUCAAGUGCCCGUAACCGUCUUGCCGUGUCAACUGUUAUUACAACAUCUUCUAACUCCCCCGUUUGACGGAUGUUUGGUUUGAAGUGUAGAGCGCCCAGCACCAGACGGAAGUGUUAUUUCGGCGGCUCUUUCAACGUUCGCCAGCGACGAGUAAAUGAAAAUCGUUUAUUUUCGUUUCGCCCGUCCAGGUGGAGCCACACAUGCGGUGUUGCUUAUAUAUUCAUUCGCUUGUUUGCAUCGUGAGACUAUAGACCUGGUUUAAACUUUCUAGCCGUCCAUUUGUUUUCCUUAGCUAAUUCCCAUAGAGACAGAAUCGGGUUGGCCUUGCUCGACCUUAUUGGGAAAACAUAACUGAAUAUUCAGUUUCAUCGGCGACGUGCCGUGGAUACUAACGUGUCCUGCCCAACUCUCUCUCUCCCGGGCGCUCCGCCCGCUUCUUGAAAGUUAACCCGUUUUCGGUCAAGUGUAUACUUUAUAGUCUUUACAGCAUAUCAAGUCGUUGGACAAUGAACAGUUAUACUAAACAUUUGGAAUUGCCGGAUUGCGCGACGCACAUUCUUCGAUUUGCUCGAGUGCUAUUAUCCAUCGGAUUCGAUACAUCGCAUCAGUGAUGGACUGAGUUUUGACCUGCUGUGCCCAGCACGCCAGUUCUGAUGGCAGCAUAACGCUCUACACACACGCAUACUCAGUCCGUCAGUGGCAGUCGGUUAUCGCGUUCAAUCCUUCCCGCGCAUUUACCGUAUGGACCAGCAAAUAAUGACUGCGGAAACGUUCAAGCGUGGACGGUCGGCGAGCUUGUGGAACUGGUUGGGAAUGCGAUUCGAUCAUCAUCAUCAGCAGCAGCGCGUAGACCGCAAAAGUACUGGUACUAAAGAUUCAUGCAAAGUCAAGUUAUUGCCGGGUUCCUCCGAAUCGGAACGCAUGAAAGUUGCGGAUGUCACACCGGCAGCAGCAGUUGCGGACUUUCACCUGAGCUGUUUGACGCUGGCCGAAAGCCCACGUCGCUGGAAUCCCAAAAAGAUGAGACGACCUGUUUCUUGUUAUAUUCUCCCAGUUGGAGACGGAAAUCGCUCCUACUCUGAGACGCACUUUCCCUCCGAGCCUAUUCCGCAACGAGUCAGAACAGCGGGAUCUAUCCAGAACCUCGUAUCGUUCGAUACAUCGAUCUACGACCAGCACCAGAAUACUACGACGACGAAGACUACUGCUGGGCUUCGAAGCCAAUUGUCAUGGCACAGGCUUCCGGGCGGCAACCAGAGCGCCGAGGAUAGUGAAGCAACAAGUGGUGCUGCUGCUGCUGCUGCUGCUAAUAGUGAUGCUAUUCCUGUUUUUGACGACGACGGCGACCAAGAUGAUGCAAUGACUCAAUCUUGCGCCCUUGAUCGGUGGGCCGAAUCGCUCCCGCAUAUCGACAGUGAUGUCAGCGACGACGACGACGACGGCUACUGUUGCGAAUACGAAUCACAGGAAUACGCCACUGGACUAGUAUUACCAGAAUUCACCUCCGCCAGCGGCAACCAAACUCGUCCUGGCGCCCAGCCAACGAAUAUUGUUCAGCCUGAACAAACUCAACCAACAACAAUCAAAGUAGAAGAAGAAGAAGAAGAGAUGCCCAAGAAUCUAGCGGCGGAUGCGGCGCCGAUGGCGAUGAACACGACGGCUGGGCGGUUGACUGCUGAGCUGUUGUCUGUCGAGAGUCUGAACCCACUGGUGAUGGAUUGCGGCGUUUACCUGCCGGGUUGCCGACACCGCGGUCGUGCUAUGGUCGUGGCUGAACUGUCCCUCCUACGGAGCCACCUACCGCCCGUCUCCCACUUGGCCCAGCUGGUAACCUAUUAUCAGACCGUGCCCCGAAAAUCGGCCGCAAAGAACGGACUCAUCUUACUUAUUGUCGGACGACCAGACCAGUACAGCAACGCAUUUGCGUUGAUCGAGCAACUCUUGUGCCAUUUUCACGAUCGCCAGCAAAAGUGCAUUGACGACGUCAUUAUUUGGAGCGAAGGCGGUUCUGCCCCGGAAACCCCUUUGAGACUGUCUGGUCGAUCGUGUGACGUCAUUACGUCGAUCGGUCAGCUGCGCGAGAGGCUGGCCUCGGCGCUUUCGCUGGGCUGCUGCGGUGGUCCCAUUGCUCACAAUCAGCACGACUGGAUCGCGUUCCGCAAGAUUGUGGAACCUUUUCUGAGUUCAUGCCGCCAGCAGAGUAAAAUUCUGUACCAAGUCAUUAGCUCCGUCCGGAGUAAAAUGGCGUCGGGCAGUCCGCCGCUGAGCGAGCCCCUCCAAAUUCAAUCGGCGCUCGAAGAUUUGGAUCAAUUGUACAACAGCAGCUCUUGCCAUCCGGAUCUGAUCGGCCUGCUAGCAGAGGGACCUCGAAUUCUCCAAGAGGUCAGCAACGCCAAAACCAGAUUGGGUGGCGACAACGUCGAUGCCAGAGAAACCAUGGAGCGCUGUUCAGCUCUGUAUGCCGAAGUCCAGCGGAGCGUGGGCCGCCUGGCUCGGGUCUGCGAGCGCCGCAAAGCUCAGUUGGAAAAGCACCUGCCGUCGCCGCCGCCGCCGCCGGCGGCGUCCAACAACAAGGAAGACUGUGACGACGACGACGUCGACGACGCACGCAUCGACAAUGGCAACUCGGUCUCGGCAUGUCGGCAGAUCCUUUCUUGGCUGUGUCGGAAAGGUGAGGAGACGCUGUCACGCUACCACGUCACGUUGGCCGAUUCGCUGGCCGCCGCCAAGUCGCAACAUCGAGAGUUUCAACGAUUUCUCAUUCUGGCCCAGAAACAAAUCGUCAAAGGCAAGGAACUGCUGGAAGACUUGCAGCGGGAUUCCGGCGUCGCUACCACGUCGGCCUCCCUGACUCCCGCUGAGUCGAGAGACGAACAGCCGGCGGUCGCCGAAACCGACUCGAGCGUUGGGCGUACACGACCCAGCAGCAGCAGCAACAACAACAGUAACAGCAGCAUCCUCGACCUUGCCUCUUCGUUGCAGACUCAGCUGUCCAAGUUCGGUCACCGACUGGACGACACCCGCGAGCGACUUGAAGAUACCUCCCGUUGCUACGAACUCCUUGACAAGGCCUACGAAUGGGGCGUAGAGGCUAUGAAACUAGCUUCGAAACUCAAGCUGGACCAGCAACCUUGUCCUCCGUCCGUGGCCAGUCACCUUCUUCACCAGGUGGAUGCGUUCCUAUCGGCCGCCGAUAAGGUGUCGCAUCCAACCGCACUAGAAGACCUCAACACCCUGGCUCGCAAGCUAGACAAUCCGAAAUUACUCGACCAGUGCAAGUUGGCUCAGAACAGAUGUCAAGAAACUAUGGAGCUGCUGGAAUUUCGCCGAAGAAUCUUGACCGAUUACGUCAAGGAAGAUGAAAUCAAACGACAGGAACAACAACAGCAGGUGCAGCAACAGCAAGACAAACAUGAGGUCGAAUCGAAUAUCUACGAGAACGUAGCCGAGUUGAAUGCUUCGUCAACCUGCGAGGACAAAGUGGAUGGAUGCAGCAACAAGGACUUCCCUGUCUGGAAGAAGAACGACGCCGGCAGCCAGUCGGUGAGGGCAGCAGACGGCAACAAUUGUGUUUUGUUGCGUGUCAAAAAGAAUUCUAGCCCUGAUGCGUUAGCGAAACAGACGCAACAACAGCCAAGUUCUAGCUUGGCCGCCUAUCCGCCGCAUCCGCUACGCGGGACAACUUCUUACAGUUCAGGAACGUCACUCUCCAGCUACGCCUCAUCGUCGACCAGCUGGAGCUCGCGAAUGAAGUUGGCCAUGAACCGGAAACUCUCAUCGACCGGCACUGAACCAACAUUGCCUGUCGACGAUGUUUCGGAUGAAAGCAAGAUGGAUAAGAAUGGAGUGAACAGUACGGGUAGUAAAACAGAAGAGGAAGAGGAUCACUCAGAGGAUGUUUCCGUCUGCCAAUCUCCAAUUUCCGUCAACAGCCACUUGCAGUGUCGAGCUUCAUCCAUCGACUUGUCCUUACCCAUUGCCGAAAUGCAAGAAUCAGGAUUCACCGAGGACAACAUUAAAUCUCAAAAGACUUUGUUUCUCAUCAUGCGAGAAAUGAUUCAAACUGAGCGCGAUUAUGUCCGCUCGUUGGAGUAUAUAAUAGAGAAUUAUAUCCCGGAACUGUCACGCGAGGAUAUACCCCAAGCCCUGCGUGGCAAACGCAAUGUCAUCUUUGGUAACAUUGAAAAAAUCUACGGCUUCCACCACCACUACUUCCUGCGUGAACUGGAGCAUUGCCACAAUGUACCCUUCCUAGUGGGCCAGUGUUUCCUCCGACACGAACAGCAUUUCUAUCUCUACGCCCUCUACAACAAGAAUAAACCUAAAUCCGACGCUCUGAUGGCUGAAUAUGGAACGGCUUUCUUUAGGAGGAAGCAGACAGAAUUGGGAGAUAAAAUGGAUUUGGCGAGUUAUUUGCUCAAACCAGUCCAGCGAAUGGGCAAAUACGCCUUGCUGUUGAAGCAGUUGCUUAAAGAAAGUGGUGACAAGGAACCUGAAUUUGUCGACCUUUUGGGGGCUGAGCAAAUGGUUCGUUUUCAAUUGCGUCACGGCAACGACCUGCUGGCCAUGGAUUCGCUUCGAGACUGUGACAUCAACGUCAAAGAGCAGGGCCGUCUGCUGCGACAAAGCGAGUUCUAUUGUUGGCAGGGUAGAAAGAAGGGACUUAGACACGUUUUUCUCUUUGAGGAUCUCAUCCUCUUCAGCAAGGCCAAACGCGAUCCAGAACGCAAAAAUCUGGAUAUUUAUAUCUACAAGCAUAGCAUGAAGACAUCCGACAUUGGUUUCACAGCCAAAAUGGGCGAAUCAAGUACCAGGUUUGAAAUAUGGUUUCGAAAGCGGAAGCCAAACGAGACGAUUGUCAUGGAAGCAACAAAUCCAGACAUCAAACAGACUUGGGUUGAAGACAUCAGUCGCAUUCUCUGGAAACAAGCGUUAAGAAAUAGAGAAUUACGUAUGACUGAGAUGGCGGAGAUGGGAAUUGGUAACAAACCGUGUUUAGAUAUCCGACCAAGUCAGGAUCAAAUUAAUGAUCGAUCCAUCAGUUACGCGCAAUUAGCUAAAGCACCGAAAUUUCGACAUUCUGUAUGUGGAUCAAUACUUUCGGACAGUCGGAGCAGUAAGCGGCCUCACUCGAUAAUCUCAGUCAGUUCCUCUGCCUCUUCGGCCUCAUCCGGAAGCGGGAGUGUCAAUGACAAUCGUAGUUCCAACAGUAACGGACAUCAAGAUUCGCCAGCAUCAACUGCUUUAGUAGCCAAUCUACACAAUCACAGAUCAAAAACCAACCAAAGCCAAUGCUCUGCAGAGUCGGGAAUUUUAGCCGACCUGUCGAUGAGCUAUGACGACCCAGAAUCGGGCCACUGCCGUAUCGGAAGAUCUGACAGUUCCAUUACCACCGAGUCCGUUGAUUCGGUAACGCUAUCUCCGUCGUCACCUCUGACCUCAUCCAAGUCAUGUCCGUACCCGAGUAUGACGCCUAUUUCUCUCUAUGUGAAUAACAAGUUGAUUCCCAUUACUCCUUCGCCGUCUCACAAGAACAUGCCCAUGACUGAGAUGUAGACGACGGCAGAUGGAAUUCGAAACAACAGUUUUCCUUGUCCGCCAACCUCGCCAGCUUGUACAUAAGAAACCGAUCGCAAGACUACAACAACGUUUUGAAAAUAUGUUUAAACUAACUUCAGUUUAUGAUUCUCUCUAGUUUCUUUUUGUUGUUUUGCUUCACUAACUCGUCCAUUCGCUACGGAAUUCAUGAUGCUAGAUUAUUAUUUACCAAUAAAAACAAUGAAAAAUAA